GAGGAAGGUGAUAGAGGCAAAAGUCUAGAAGACUUUGAGCAAUUGAAAGAUUGGUUGAUUGAAAAAGCGGACAAUUUCCGUCCCGACGAAUAAAGCCCGUUCUUUUUUGGCGUGACUUGACAAACCAAGGAUUGUGCUUUGCCUGACCCACAUGCUCUCAAAGUGAUGCAUUCACAAAACACAACACCUGAUGCAUCACCGCAAUUACAUUUCCGGCGGAGUGGUGCAGAGGAAAUAGGAAAGGGCGAAUUUAACCAACAUCUUAUGAGUGAGCCUGCGACAAUCGCCGAGGACGCUUCCCUGACAACAGAUCGAACUCAGCAUUUAGCCCCAACUAAUGGUCAUGCUGGUGUUCGAAGGAAACGACAGCGCUCACCAACAUUGUCCUCACAAACCGGUGAAAACACCUUUUACCAGAGAAUGGAGAUUCGAGUGAGACACUCUGUUGGCAGCAUGAGUAUAAGUCCGAGUAGCAGAGAUAUCGUCCUUGCAGGGCGUCAAGGAUUGCUGAUUAUUGAUCUGGAAGACCCUUGGCUAACUCCACGCGUUCUACCCCACAUGUCAAAGUGGGAGGUCGCAGAUGUUCAGUGGAGUCCAUACAUCGCCCGAGAGUCAUGGAUUGCAUCAACUUCUAAUCAAAAAGCACUAAUUUGGAAUCUGAAUCAUUCAAGUCAACAUGCUAUUGAACAUAUCCUCCAUGCUCACUCCCGCGCCAUUUCUGACAUUAACUGGUCUUUACAUGAUCCAAACAUGCUGGCCACAUGCUCUGUAGAUACAUAUGUACAUUUGUGGGAUAUGCGUAUCAUCGGACAAGAUGCUCACUCGGGCGAAGAAGGCAUUGCCAUUGGAGAUAGAAGUAUUCGACCAGAAAGUUCUUUUUGCGCAUGGACAGGUAAUGAUGUAUUCUUGGUGGACCAAAAUAGACAAACUUUGAAUUUACCAUGCUCUUUUAAUACAGCUGGAGCUACUCAGGUCAAGUUUAAUAGGAAAAACCAAUACCUCUUGGCGUCUGCACACGACAAGGCUGUCAAAAUUUGGGAUAUUCGAAAAGGCUCAGAUCCUGUAACAACUAUCAAUGCCCAUUCGACAAAAAUUUAUGGCAUUGACUGGAGUCGCCAGAAUGACCACGAUAUCGUAACCUGCAGUUUGGAUAAAAGUGUCAAGUUCUGGAAUAUCAAUAGCCCAGAUGAAGCGCAAACUACCAUCGUUACAAACUCCCCAGUAUGGCGCGCCAGAAAUACCCCGUUCGGAAGUGGCGUAUUAAUGAUGCCUCAGCGAACGGAAACGACAUUGUUUCUUUACAAUCGUGAAAAGCCAGAAAAACCUGUGCAUUCAUUUGAGGGUCAUACUGAUAUUGUGAAAGAAUUCGUUUGGCGUUGGAAAGGUGAUCCUGACCAUGCUGAAAAUCGGGAAUUUCAACUGGUAACUUGGUCGAAAGACCAAAACUUGCGUUUGUGGCCAAUCCGACCAGAAGUGAUGCAACUAGUUGGUAGUCAUAAAGGCGAUCAACAAACACAUCCAACUAUCGCAUCCAAGGCUCUUGAAUCCAACGGGGUGUAUCGACCGCAUUCGUUUCAGCAGCACCCUACACAAGAUGUUGAAUCUGCUAGGAGAUCAUCGACUAAAUCAUCUCUCAAAAUUCAGACUUCAAAUAGAACACCUGGUAUUUCACCGCUUCGGCCGACUUUAUCAGGCAGCGUUAGUAUGGAUGCCAAUCAUGGCAAAGAAGGUGCCGCAAAUAUUUAUAAAGAUCAAAAGUACGCCAUUCCACCACUUUUAUGGAUGCAGAAUGUCAAGACAGUUCGACCAACGGGAGAAAUUCGAAACGAUGGCACAUCUGAAGACGUUUUCCAAAACGUCGCAGAAGAAAUGUCGAUUAUACUUAACAAGUUUUCUAGCGCAGGCGUUAGAACUGAAAGAGUCGAUGCUGCUUCCAGGACAUGCACUAUUACAUUGCAUGGACCAUGGUCCGAUACAGGCAGCGCGUUUCUUCGGAUCACAAUUACAUUUCCUUCACAAUACCCUGAUAAUACCCCUCCAGAAUUUGAUAUUCAGAAGAACAGUAUGAUUUCCAUAUAUUACCGUGCGCACAUGGCACAAGACCUAAGCACCUUAGCGUCUGCAUAUACGGCUCAAAAGCGAUAUUGCUUGGAACCCUGUUUACGCUACCUCCUUGGUGAAACACCUUCAGAAGAUUUAGCUAACCUUCGAUUUGGCGCGGGCAAUACCCCUGGGUUUUCACCAUUUAAUACUAAAGGGUCAAAUGCAAAUAAUGCAGGCUCGAAUGAUCACUCUGGAUUCGGAAACUGGAACACUUCGCCGGGUGCUAACAACGGAGAUUCGGAUGAUGAAAUAUACGUAGGAUCAGGCUUUGGCGUAGGCUCUGACUUCGGAUUCCAAAACAAGCGCGUCAAUUUACAAAGCGAGAAAGGCAUCGUCGUUGAUAUGUCAAUUAAACAAAGUGCAGACCAAAACGUGCCAUUCCCGCGUUUAUGUGGUGCUACUUUCAGUGGUAAUGGCACUCUUGUCACGUUCUUUUCCACACUGCGCGUUCGCAAUUCUGAUAGAAGUGCCACUGCGAAUGAUAAAUCAAAAUCUACAACGUCUUUAUCAGCUGGAGCCAACAACAAUUCUUUCAUCACCAACAACUACAGCGAAUUCUACCAUCAUCCAAAGACAUAUGAGCAAUUUGAAGAAUACAAAGAAAUCGCAGCAAUGUCGAGGCAAGGAAGAAAUGCAACUGUAUUGGCAUCUGCAAACAGUGGAGCCUUUGGGGACUAUUCUGGAUAUGAAGACGCCGAAGAUGAUAUGGAUGAAGGCAUUCACAAUAAUUCAUCUCUAUACCUACGCCCUGAGAAUUUGGAAAUGGGCAGUUCUUUGAACAAUGACGAAAGUAUUCUGUAUACCUCUCCAAAGCCACAUCAUGAAACCUACCACGUUGUUUUGUACCAUCCAGGGGAUCUCAUGCCUUUCAGCGCUGAUUUAGCAAAGGCUUAUGUAUUAUUUGGCGAUGAUACAAUGGCUAUCUGCAGUCACAACGCAGCUGCUUGCAAGGAACUUGGAUACCAGGAAUUGUAUAAGGUCUGGUGUUUGGCAGGAGAGAUUCUAAGGGAGUGCGUGCCAGCCAGUGCUUCCCAACAAAGUCAGCCGAUGCAGAACCGACGUUUGAAUCGAAGUCAGAUAACUCGCUCUACGGAUGUGACACAGAACAAAAUGUUUGAAUAUGCUGUUGAUCUUAAACUGGAGCCGACGAGUUCAUCAACAACCAAGUUGGACCGGCGUGAUAGUGGUACUGGUUUACUUCCUUUAGAUGUCUCGUUAGUAAAGCGUAGGCACCUGGAUAGGAUCACUUGGGGAUUACAUCCGCUAGGACGACAGCUUGUUGACAAAUUAAUGACUCGCUUUAUGAACAGAGGAGAUGUGCAGACUUUGGCUAUGUUGUCUUGCGUUUUUCGAGAACCGCUUUAUCAUGGGUUGAACAAAAGCACUUCCUUGAAGGCACCACCGACAACGGAAACAAUGACAGUAACACCAAAACUAGUACCAUCUGUCAGUCACGAUUAUUUUUCAUUCCGUAACAAAAAUGAAUUAUCAAUAUCUGGGUCCUUCCCAGCUUUUACCCCAUUGCAAGGGCAAAAGCCUAAUAUCACCGCGGAAUCCUACAAUUCACGCACAGAAUUCCUGGCUCAACUACCUUUUGCGGCAGAUCCGACUCCAACACCAUUUGGAGCUAGCAUUACCAAUUAUAACGGCGCAACAGACUCUUACAUUGCCGCCCUUGACGCUGCACGUAACAACACGGCGUUCAAACUCUCGGUCCCUCAUCGACUACCUACCAAUACUGCACCCAUAACACGUAAUAGCGAUGAUGGAUUUUUGAGCAUGCUCCCUUUCAUCAGUCAUAGCUGGGGAUCAACCACGUCAGGAGUUGCGCACACUCCUGACACUCCACACGGCGACUCCCUGCAAAGAUCAAUCAACGUCGGCAGGGAUGGACACGUGAUGAAUUCAGAAAUUACGAUUGAAAUGACCAAUAUGGAUACAUUUGAUGGAGAUCGCUUAUUUCAUCACCCGGUACCUUUGCUGGACCCCAGUAAAGCUGGUGAGAUGAAUAUAUUUCGAAUAUUCUAUGCUGAUAUGCUUUAUCGACUUGGAUUAUUCGAAAAGAGGGCGGAACUUUUGAAAUUCGUGCAAGUACAAACAAACGGCGGUCCAAGCAAUAGCGGCAGUACCAAUCAUAUGCAUACGCUAUUGGGAGGCAAUGAUCCCCAUUUGGACAUCAAAGUCCGAUGUCGUCAAUGUCACCAAGAGCUGGUUGAGGAACCGUCUCAAACAAGCGACAGCCAAAGUCAGCCUAAGCAUGGCGGGUACUGCAGUUCCUGUCAGCGUACCCGCCAUCGUAUAUCUUGUUGUAUAUGUCGUACCUUGGUUCACGGCUUGGUCAAUUUCUGUAUCCGCUGUGGUCACGGUGGGCAUUCCAGGCAUAUCAAGGAAUGGUUUGUGGACAUGCAACAUGAUGUAUGUCCAACAGGCUGUGGUUGUCGAUGCCUUUACGAAACAUUAGAGUAUGGUGUACCAGACUUGAACAUGUCUUCUUCGACGCCAGAUAAGGCUCGAUAGCAAAAACCAUAGGCGGUCACGCUAAUAGAAUUUUGCGGUAUUCUGAAUGUCACAGGGAGGUGGCGGCGGAGAAGGGUUUUUUGACUCCCAAGCCAUUUGAACCCUAUUGCAUCCAGAAGUUUCACAAAUCAAUUCCUGCCACUCAUUAGCAAUAAAGAACCUCGAUCUUUUUAUUUUAAUUUAUUCCAAUAGA